GCCAUGAGUGCGUGCAGCAGGAAGGCCUUGACUUUGCUGAGCAGUGUCUUUGCAAUCAGUGGCCUGGGGCUGCUGGGAGUGGCAGUGAGCACCGACUACUGGCUCUACCUGGAGGAGGGAGUCAUUAUGCCUCUGAACCAGAGCACUGACAUCAAGACCUCGUUGCACUCUGGCCUCUGGAGAGUCUGCUUUCUGGCUGGUGAUGAGUCAGGUCGCUGCUUCACCAUCGAGUACAUCAUGCCAAUGAAUGUCCAGCUGACGUCAGAGUCCACAGUGAACGUGCUCAAGAUGAUCCGUUCAGCCACUCCGUUCCCUCUGGUCAGCCUCUUCUUCAUGUUCAUCGGUUUUGUCCUCAAUAACAUCGGCCACGUCCGCCCUCACCGCACCAUCCUGGCAUUUGUCUCUGGAAUCUUCUUUAUCCUCUCAGGUCUGGCUUUGGUGGUGGGCCUGGUGCUGUACAUUUCCAGUAUAAAUGAUGAAAUGCUGAACAGGACGAAGAGCAGUGAGGCCUAUUUUUCCUAUAAGUACGGCUGGUCCUUUGCCUUUGCUGCCCUCUCCUUCCUGCUCACUGAGAGCGCCGGCGUCAUGUCAGUCUACCUGUUCAUGAAGCGCUACGCAGCAGAGGAGCUCUACCAGCCCCGCCAUCCCAGCUUCUACCGUCCUCGCCUCAGCAACUGCUCCGACCACUCUGGUCAGUUCCUCCACCCGGAGGCCUGGUCACGUGGACGGAGCCCCUCGGACAUCUCGAGUGAAGCUUCCCUUCAGAUGAGUACCAGCUACCCUGCUCUCCUCAAAUGUCCUGACUAUGAUCAGGUGUCCUCUUCGCCCUGCUGAAGGGCGGUUAGUAACCUACCAGUUACUAAAGAGUCACCGAGGCAUUGACAAAAGGCCAGAGUUUAAGAUACAAGGUUGAUAUUUAACUGUGAGUUUGCACCAUUACGACCGUGGUCAAGUGAUUUGGAAACCAGUAAUUUUCAGCAAGUUGUUGUUUGUUUUUACGUUUUUUUUUUUUAUCAGGUCAGAAAAGAUUUUGGGGAGUUUGUUGUUGUAGCAGACACGACUGCAAAAUUUGCAGAUUUUAGAAGAAACAAUACAUGGUCAUUGUGCCUCUGCUUCUGCAAAGAUCUCAAAAACAUUUAAAUAUUUUUUUUAUUUUCAUGUUCAGAAGGUCAAGUAUAGAUUACUUUGAACUGUGUUUCCAGUACUUUCCAGUGCCUCACAGCUGUUUCUUUGCUUCCUUUUGUGAUUUAAAUGAGUGUGUCAUGUUUUAGGACCUUCUAUAUGUGCUAGUAUAGAUCACAUCAGUGCAAUAACAAUAAUAUCAGAAGGCACAAUAAUAUCUGUGGUUGAUGUUUCAUUGGAUGUGCAGUUUCAAAAGCACACAUUUCGCUCAGAAGUUGCUCAUGAUCACAAUCAGCAAUACCUCUGCAAUCAGAGCCAAAUGUAAAAAAAAAGAGCAGAAUGUAAAAUGUGUCCGGUCGUUUGCAGUUUGUAUUUCUACAGAGUUUCAUUUACCUCACAUUUGUGUUAAACUAUGAGCAUGUUAUUGGUUACUGUUUGCUGCAAAAAACACUUGGCUGCCUUUAUUUUCCCUUAAAACUGAAAACAAGCCAGUAAAACUGCCUACCCACCUACUACACGUGAGGCUCCAUCUCACAAACCCUACAGACAAAGGCUGUUGUGCAGUUGAAGGGCAGUUCAUUCAGAUGUGGUUCUAAUUUUCAGUGAUGUUGUCAUUUGACACCUUCAAAGGCAGCAGGAAAACCGGAUUGUCAUCAAACUAAAGGCAACAUAUUCAAGACGUUAUGUUGAAAUGCCUUUGACUCUUUAUUUAGCUAUACAUUGACCCAGAAUAUAACAUGAAAUCAUAGAUGCUUGUUUUAUAUACACUGGUUUUUGUUUAUAUAUAUAUAUAUAUAUAUAUAUGUCCAGAUUACAUGAAUUCAUGAUGUUGUUCCUGGUGGAGCGGCUAGAGAUCUUUGUUAAAAGGGCGUUGCAUCUGUAAAAUAAAUG